ACCACAACAUCCUCUCUCUCUCUCUCUCUCCAUUUCCGUAAAAAUCUGAACUCUCAGAUCUCCAACUAUCUACUCUCCACACUUCUCUCUCUUUCUCUCGCUUCGGUCGUCUAGUUCGAUGGCUGGUGUACUCGAAACCCUAACUGUCCCUCGGGCCUCUGGCUUUACAUCGGCCAAGUUGUCUCCGAUCGGGAGCUCAUCAGUUUGUUCACUCUCCGGCGGCCGGAAAUCGGUAUUGCCGGAGUUCAGAGGUCUGAAGAUUCAAUCUACUUCUACGACUGUCUCUCGGGGAUCGGUGAGUUUGAGACUCGGCCGCCGUGGUGGACGAAUCGUUUGCGAGGCUCAGGACACUGCUGUUCAAGUAUCUCCUGUCACUGACGCAACUUGGCAGACACUUGUCCUUGAGUGUGAUUCUGCUGUUCUAGUCGAAUUCUGGGCUCCUUGGUGCGGACCAUGCCGGAUGAUCCACCCUGUCAUAGAUCAAUUGGCAAAGGAAUACAGUGGAAAACUCAAAUGCUACAAGGUGAACACUGACGAGAGUCCUUCAAUUGCGACCCGAUAUGGGAUCCGUAGCAUUCCGACUGUCAUAAUCUUCAAGAACGGAGAGAAGAAAGAUGCAGUUAUCGGUGCUGUUCCUAAAUCAACACUGACCACCAGCAUAGAAAAAUUCUUGUAGAGGUAUCAUCUCUUGUACUUGUUUCUUCUUAUUCAGGUAAUGAUGCUACAAAUUCAGACAUGUUGCCUCAAUAAAACUCCUUAGUAUGCUCCUGUAUAGUUUUACUGGAUGCUACUGCACACCUGUUUUCUUUAAGAUAAUGUUAGUUAUCUAUUCUUGUGUCAACGGAUUUGAAUUCUCUCUUAUAUAUAUCAUUGUCCGACUGUCUUCGUUAUCAA